AUGGACUCCUUGGUGUUCCUCUGUGCUCGCCGCUUGGUGAGCCAUGAAUCCGAUUUCCGCCGUGCACUCGCCAUCCUCCCCAAUGAGCUCUACCCUGUCCUCUUCAGUGCUGCCUUCUUGGACAGCCGGACCUUGGUGGUGCGGGAUUUGGUGGCUGUUUGGCCCUUCCCAGUCCUCAGCUUCCAACGGUUAUUGGCUCACCUUGACCAUCACCUUCAGCGUCGCCCCAAGGGGCUACCAAGGAAGCUCUGUGUCCAAGCUACCAUCUUGGCCAUCGUGACACAUCUCCGCCAGAUGUUGGAGGAGCCUGAUCGUGGUGUGAGGCGGUGCUGCCUGCGGGUGCUGGACAUGCUGGAUCUGCCGGAUGAUGAUGUCCAUGGUGGCCCAGAAGGAAUGAGCCUGUGGUCUGGCACUGUGGCUUUAGCCAAAGCUUGUCUGGAGGUCUCCAAACACCAAAACGAGCACUUGAAACAUGGCUCCAAACGUCGGAAAGGUCCCUCGGGAGCUUUGGAAGCUCCACAACCCUUUGGUGUGGAGAUCCGAGCCGACCUCUUCGUCAACAGCACGUCCUUUGGUGUCCUACGAGACGCUCUCCAGGCCAAUGCCACCAGCUUGCUGCGCCUCAGGUGCAGGGACUUCCAUGCCGAGGAGCUGUCUGUGGGCAGCACGGUGACGAUGCUGGACUGCCUGGACGCCUGCGGUGUGCGGCGUGUUGAUCUCCGCUUCAACAACCUGGGACUCUCUGGCCUCUGCGUGGUCUUGCCACACCUCACCAGGUUCCCCAACCUCCUCAGCCUUCGCCUGCCCUACAGCAACGUUGAUGUGCGGAGGUUCGUGUCGGGGACGGAUGCCAGCCUCCGGCGGCUCGCCGGGCAGCUGGGGAGUUUGUCAGGGCUGAAGGAGCUCAACUUUGGGUCUUCCAGGCUUUCAGGGAACCUCCAGUACCUUCUCAGUGACCUGCAGACUCCCCUGGAAAGCCUGGAGCUGGCUUUUUGUUCCCUUCUUCCCGAGGACCUGAACUACCUUCGACAUAGCCUCCACACUCCAGCACUGCGGAAGCUGGACCUGAGCGGCCACGAUUUCACUGAAGCUCUUCUUCAACCACUGCGGCAGCUUCUGGAGAAGAUCUCAGCCUCGCUUCUCCACUUGGACCUCAUGGAAUGCCGGCUGACGGACUCCCAGCUGGAUGAGCUGCUGCCGGCACUUUGCCAUUGUUCCCAGCUGCAGUGCUUGGGACUUUUCGGCAACCUCUUCUCCACGCCAGCGCUCAAAGUCCUGCUGGAGAAGACCGUGGCGCUCCCCCACCUUCGCCUCGUCAUCUACCCCUACCCCCUGGACUGCUACAUCACCGACCACCUGCGGCCCCCCUCAGGCUCUGGCUGGUUCUUCGAGGACGCAGUGGACAGGGCGCGUUUCACCGCGGCCAAGGCUGAGCUCUGCCAGCUGCUGGUGAAGCUUGGUAGAUCCGACGCUGUCUGGACCACCAACCUGCCUCGGCACGGGGCCCUCGACUACUUUGACUUGUAG